GUGAGCGUCUAGGUCGCGUUCUACCACACAUUCACAGAAAUAGAAGACGACUUCCGGCAUUUUGCUGAUUGUUAUUCAAAUAUUUCUGACAGGGUUUUACCUCCACAGUUCUCUCUGAUCCGUUGUGGGUGUAUUUGAGGAGGUUAACUGCGUUCUGCUGUAAAGAUCAAGUGGUGUCUUGUCUGCUCCUGUUCUCCAAUUUCCUGCACAAGUUAAAUGUACCUCCACAUCACGAGAAGAAACGAAGAUGAAGUCAGGUGAGAUUAAACUUGAGAAUCUGGAACCCACAGAGACCCCCUAUAGUCACCGAAUUUCAUCUUGUACGUUCCAUGCUAACACUUCUCACAGACAAGUAGAAAAAGAAAUUCACCAAUGCUCACACUGUGAGAAGAUUUUCCAUCAAAAGAGUAAUCUGAAAAAACACCAGCGAAUUCACACAGGAGGGAAGCUGUAUCACUGCUCACAGUGCGGGAAGAGUUUCAGUCAAAAGGGUAAUCUCAAUGAACACCACCACAUUCACACCGGAGAAAAACCUUAUUCCUGCUCACAGUGUGGGAAGAGUUUCAGACAAAAGAGUAAUCUCCAAAAGCAUCAACGGAUUCAUGCAAAAGAAAAGCCGUAUCGCUGCACACAGUGUGGGAAGAGUUACCACGAAAAGUAUCACCUGAAAGAACACCACCACAUUCACACAGGAGAAAAACCAUAUUCCUGUUCCCACUGUGGGAAAAGUUUCAGUCAAAAGAGUAAUUUCCAAAAGCACCAGCGUGUUCACGCUGGAGAGAAGCCGUAUUACUGCUCACUGUGUUGGAAGAAUUUCACUAGCCAGCGUAAUCUUCAAAUACACCAACGCAUUCACACUGGAGAGAAGCCACAUCAGUGCUCACUGUGUGGGAAGAGUUUUACACAUAAGGGUACUCUCCAACAACACGAGCGCCUUCACACCGGAGAGAAGUCGUAUCGCUGCUCGCAGUGCGGGAAGAGUUUUCCACAUAGGAACAGCCUCCGACACCACCAGCACGUUCACACUGGAGAGAAGCCGUAUCAGUGCCCUCAGUGCGGGAAGAGUUUUACCCAAAGAAUAAGUCUACAACAACACCAGUACAUUCACACUGGAGAGAAGCCUCAUCAGUGUUCACAAUGUGGGAAGUGUUUUACACAAAGCGGUACUCUCCGACAACACCAACUCGUUCAUACUGGAGAGAAGCGGCAUCACUGCUCACAGUGUGGGAAAAGUUUUACACAAAGGAAGAGUCUCCGACAGCACCAGAACGUUCACACUGGAGAGAAGCCGCAUGGAUGUUCACAGUGUGGUAAACAUUUUAAAAGAAGGGGCCAUCUACAACAACACCAGCGGAUUCACACUGAAGGUGAACCGUGUUCCUGUUCAGAGUGUGGAAAGCGUUUUACUAGCCGGAGUAAUCUCCAGCACCACCAGUGCGUUCAUACGGAUAUGAACAUGGAUAGGGAACAGUUCUUACGAGAAAGUGUGGGAAUCAGGUAGUCCCAAAGACUUAUUUUGUGCCAAAUAGGAGCUUUUUACAGAAUGUGUUUUCAUUCUAUGGCUGAUGGAGAAUUGUGCAUGUUCCUGAAAACUUAUUUCCAACAUGAGUCUUUACUCUGAAGUCCCUAAUUCCUUUACUGUGUAAUAAAAAUGGGACUUUAUAUAGUGUUGAAAGUAACAGUAUACUAUUCCAGAACUGAUGUCUUCGUACAUGCCCGGGUUGGAUAUGUUGAUAAUGUUAAGAUUAAGAUCGUUACAGUGCUGUGAAAAAGUCUCCUGAUUUCUUCUGUGUUUGCGUAGAUCUCAUACUAAAUUGGUAUUAAAACAAAAUCUAAGAUAAAAGAAAGGCAACCUAAUUCCCCCAGAUCUAUGAAAGUGCAUUGAUAAUGGGGUUCACCUUCAUGAGACACAACCAGGCUUAGGUUAUGAUUACUGUAAACCCUGUUCAAUCACACCUACACUUAAAUAGAACUUUUUCAACAGCAUGAAGUUGGUUAAAAGGUCUUACCCAGCCAAGCACAACAUCAAGCAAAACAAGACCUACAGGCCUCUCUUGCAUCAAUAAAGGUCACUGUUCAUGACUCCACUAUCAGAAAGACACUGGGGGAAAAUGACUCCAUGGAAGAGUGGCGAGGUGAAAACCACUGCUAACCCAGAAGAACAUUUAAGACUCGUCUGAAUUUCACCAAAACACACCUUGAUGAUCCUCAAACCUUUUGGGAGAAUGUUCUGUGGACUGAUGAGUAGAAAGUGGAACUGUUUGGAAGUAAGGGGUCCCGCUACAUCUGGCGUAAACUAAACACAGAAUUCCCCAAAAAGAUCAUCAUACCUACGGUCAAGCAUGGUGGAGGAAGUGUGAUGGUGUGGGGAUGCUUUGCUGCUUCAGGGACUGGACAACUUGCAGUAACUGAGGGAAACAUGAAUUCUGCUCUCUACCAGAAAAUCCUAAAGGAGAAUGUCUGGUCUUCAGUCUGUAAGCUGAAACUCGAGCAGAACUGGAUUCUACAGCAAGACUUGAAAUGAACAAAUAAAUAAAUAAAAACUGUUUUGUGUUUAGUCAGGUAGUGUUUGUUUUAUGUUGUAUUUAAUUUGAAGAUCUAAAACUAUUUAGUAUGAGAUAUACGCAAAAACAGAAGAAAUACUUUUUCACAGCACUGUAUAUCUAUUCUUAUUGUUUAUUUAUUUGCAUUCAGAAUGGUACAAUACUUGGUGAAUGGUCAUUUGUUUUUAACUUUUGGUUGACUGUGAACUAAAAGAAAUUUUGAUGUUAAAUAAAAAUGGAGUAUUUACCCA